ACAAAUCAGGUAUUCAUAUUGUAGAGAGAGCGGAGGGGUGGUGAGUGCUUGCGGCUAGCUUUCAGCGGACAGUACUGCGUUCAUUCAGGAGAGGGUACCAAGCAGAGUGCAUGGUUGUGCUUUCAAUCAAGGGAAAUAAAGAACAAAUGGAAUACAAAAUCACGGAGUUUCUUGCGAUUCUAGCCUAUAGUUUAUACAAGGAUCGUGUGAAUACAUGGUCUUCGAGGCGUUGUUUUUGCGGUAACAUCUGACAGUCAGCUCGGCCUUUGGUUUCGCUUUCGACUGGCGACAUAAUAUUCAGCUAUAUGUUUUGAAAGAAAGACGAUCCCCUAACAUUUGCAUCGACGUAGAUGUGAGUAGGACUACUCAAGACAAUGGCACCACUGCAGGGUAAACCUCGGACAAUCACUGGUGACUUCUUCUACAGUCAUCAAGAACCAGUCUCCGAUGCCGCCUCAAAUAGCAACAACAACGACACAGCAAAAGAGAAGAAAUUGUCGAAGAUACCAAGCCGCUGUCAACUAAACUUGGAAGAUGGAUAUCUAUUCAUCUAUGGACUCUCUAUGAAAACCCCAUUCCUCAUUCUUCCUAAGAUAAGGAAAGUAAGCAGGCAAAAACACGACAAAGAGUUUUUCUGCUUAGAAUACGGCACCGAGACAGAUCGAUUCAAUAUCUUCCUAACCAUUACAAACAAGAGGAUUGCAGACGAUUGGGAAUAUGAGCUAUGUAAACUAACAGGACAGACACCUCCUAGUCGUCGUAGAGUACAAACUGGAGUUCGACCAAUACGACCAAAUAAAAAAUAUACUCUUUCAAGUCCGUCCGCACCCGAAGGCUUCAGUUUGGCCAAGCAAGAUGGAGGCGAUGUGCGCCCUACCAACGACGACGCUACGGAUGAAACAAAUAGCGAAGCGCAUGAAGAUGAUACAAUUCCGACGUGUUCCAAUGAUAGCCAACCAGAGCCUGAGGACACCCAAGCCGCUGAAAUAUCAACAAUGAGUCUGGGAGACGACCAAGACACACAAACACAACGGACUAGUCGAAGAGAUGGCCAAAGAUCUCCCAGGGAGAGUCACUUAAAAGAAGUCCUGGGUUCUGCGAAUGUCAGCCCCACUCCUGGAAACUCACCAAAUAGUCGUCAUAGCGACGAAAUUCCUAACAAAGCUUGUACGGAUAGUAUCCUCGAAAAUACAAACUUGAAGCUAAAGGAACACCAGCAGCAUGAAAUAGACGAUGAAAAAUUUAGCGAGGUAUUACCUCUUAAGUCAAGACACUUUGACUCUGAAAUGGGUAUUCCACAGUCCUUAGAUCAACCGCCUUCGGGAUUAGCCUCGAGUGGACUACCUGGUGCACUUCGUUCUACAGACCCAGUCGACCAAUGCACGCACAUAGAGAUUGAAUGCAGUCAAGAGAAGUCGAGACUCACCUUCAACAAGAAAGUCUUCUUAAGCACUGGCGAAAUCAACGACACAUUUGUCCGUUACGGAGGAUCUCUGUACUUAAAGUCUUGUCCGGAAAGUCUUCAAAGUGAACUGUUUAUCGGGACCCUUAUCUUGCAGGUGAAUAACCAAGAACCUGACAAUGCUAGAGGAGCAAUAGAGUACAUCACAACCAGCGCAGGACAAACGGUGGAUUUGUUGGUGCAGUUGUUCCCUCUUGGGGUACGAGUGCGGCUAUGUGUUCCAUCUGUAGCAGCUCUAGGCAUUACCCUGCAUGGAAACGAGAUCAUGAGUAUGAGUGGAGAUGGUGUAAUGAGUAAGAUAGCUGAUGGUCUGAGGUGUGUCUGCCCAGCUCUCUCCACUACUGACAUGCCUAGCCCAUCUGCUGAACAGCGAUCCAUUACAGCUAUAGGAGACUACCAUGUACCAUUCGAUGCUACUUCAGAUGAGGUUGAAGAUAUGUUGGAUUCUGCAAUCAAAAGUGGCAAUGGACAUUUAGUUCUACAGCUCCAGCCAACAGAGUUCUGCCAAGCCAUAGCUCCCAAUGCCUUACAGAGACGUAUUGUAAAGGAGGAUAAUGCUCUACUCAACCUAAGACCAGUCCGUAGAUCAUCUAGACCAUCACUAUCACUAGCUAAGAGUCUUAAGAGUAAUCCUCCUUCUUAGGGCCGAAUGGAGGGCCAAGCAACAAGUAUCGAGAGGAUUUUCUAAAGUUCUUGACUUUCGUUGCUUGUUUCAUUGCCAAUGCUAAAGUAGAUCUCAUGCACUCGUUGAAUGAAUGAUGAAUCCCGCAAAAGUGUUACAUUUCGGAAGAAUAAUAAGACACAUUUUGUUAGAACUUAUUAAAGCCCCAAUGCACUAGUAUGGCUUGGAGGGAUUAGACCUCCCUGCAUGGUCACUGACAGGUGGUUUUCUCAUAAAACAAGCUCUCAAUUAACAU